ACCCAUUCAUGCAUCUCAAAAUAUAACUAAUUAGUUCAUAGUUAUUGCUUUCUCUCAUUUUCUUUUAUCUCCAUUAGCGUUAAAAAAUGGCACCCUGUGAUGAAACCCAGAUAUGGAACUCUUAUUCAGCUUUUGAUGAUGAAAUACCCACUGUUGAUUACUCUCUCUUGUUUUCUCAUGACCCUGCUCAACGAUUCAUGGCCCUCGAAUUCCUUCGCCAUGCUUGCCAAGAAUUUGGCUUCUUUUAUCUAGUAAAUCAUACAAUCCCAGACGCGGUUUUCGAGGGCAUUUUGAAGGGAAUAUCUAAUUACUUUGAUCCAACAACUUUAAAUGAAAGAAAGAUCUACAGAAAAAAAGGGGCAUUAGAUACAAUCCGAUGGGACCAAAACUCCUCUUCCGGUGAAAACAGGGAAUAUCUCAAGUUGUUUGCGCACCCCAAAUUCCAUGCUCCGGCCAAGGCAUCAGCUUUUAGCAAAAUUAUAGAAGAAUACUCCAAAGAAAUGAGAAAAGUAGUGGACGGAUUAGCAAAGGCUGUUUCUAAAACCUUAGGGUUUGAAGAACACUACAUAGAAAAGGCAUUCAACUUGAAGUCAGGGUUUGAUGUGAUGGCCAUGAAUCUUUAUCCACCAAAUUCAACAUCAAAGGGGCCUGUUGGUCUUCCUGAACACACUGACCCUGGAUUUGUUAUCACACUCAUCCAAGAUGUAAAUGGUGGUCUCCAAAUCCUGUCACAUAAAGGAAAAUGGAUUAACUCUUAUAUUCCACAUCAUGGUAUCCUCAUUCAGCUUGGUGAUCAUCUUGAGAUAUUGACGAAUGGGAAGUACAAGAGUCAUAUCCAUCGAGUAAUUGUUGACAACAACAAGGUUAAGAGGAUCUCCGUGGUGAGCCUUCAUGGACCAUCCUUGGACAAAGUCAUUAGCCCAGGGAUAGAGUUUGUUGAUGAUGAACACCCAAAGGAAUACCAUGGCACCACCUACAAGGCUUCAUUGGAAGCCAAUGGAUGUCAUCUCAUAGAUGUGCAAUCAUCACUUCAAGAUCUGAGAAUACUGAAACCCUAGACUAUCUUAUUUGCCAUAUUUGAUAUCAAAUAACCGAAUGAAAAAAGAUCAUUCAAGUCUACGACUUUUGUAAAAUGCAAAAAGUCUCAAAUUAGUGCAUGAGUAAAAAGUACUUCUAUUAUCAACA